CAUAAUGGCGUUGUAGCUAGAGAGCCAGUGCCAGGGGCUGACAGAGGCCAAUGCCAGAGGCUGACGGACCUGGUUCUCUGGCCAAUAUCUUCUACUGGCUUUAUGUAUGUGCAUAAGUUAUUUAAUCCCUCCCAUCUUAAGAUCCUAAUUUAGAAAAUAGAUUUGCUUUUCUUCAACUGGUAAAGAGAAGGAUAGAAUAAAAAAUGAUGUUGCUUUGAAAUGUCCGCCUUCUGAAUCCAACAGUCGGUAUCAUAAAGAUAAGAUUAUAGAUCACCAAGCCAAGUGAUCCACAGAUCAAAAGAAGGCUGGAAUGGAGGGGUGGACCACCUUCUCCUGAAGGGUCACCCUGCACCUUGUAUUUAAGUGCGGACAGAUGUGUCUGACCAGGUCAGACACAUGUAUCUUCCUCCUGAAGUUUGGUUAGACUUAGAUUAUUUCUAUGUUCCAAGUUCUCAUCCUAGACCAGCAUUUGGAGUUCACAUUAUGACUAUUUCAGAUUUUUAAUGUCAUUCCUUUAAAUUCCAUAUCAUUUAGACUAGCAUACAAUCCUAGUUACCAAACCAUAGUCAGGGCUUCUCUGGUUCUAGUUUUCAGCAGGCUUCAUCUCUGGAACCCAGAACUCCAAAACCUCCAUGACUCACACAAGCGUCCUCUCUCACCUGUUACAAGUUAGCAGUUGCUCUUGUCAUGGUCCAGCUCUGGACGUCCUCCUCCUCCUCCUCCCCUGCACCAGAAUAAUGAGGAACUGAAGAGCAUCCCGGGGCAAGACCUCUGCAUGAGUUCAGUGCCUCUGCUUAGGCAUGGUGAGCCAUUGCCACUCACGGUGCAUGAAAAAGUCCCAUGACCUCCCCACAGAGGAAACAGAAACACAUUCAGCUCAAAGGGGCAGGCCUAGGUAAGGAUCCUUUACAAGAUCCAGCAGAAAAGUGGGACUAACAGGAAUCUAUAUCCAAACACACGCCAUCACCAAAGUCUGACACAGUUCUACCUGCAGAGACCACAGACAACUGGCUUGUGAAUAUGCUGGUGUGUGGGGACAAAGCCACUGGAGUCCUACCCUGUAUUGGUGAAGUUAAGAACCGGGUCCAGAACUCAGCCAGGCUUUGAACUGAAUGGGAGGUGGUUUUGAAGAGUCAAGUGCCUUCCACCGUGUGCCUGCUGUGUAGGUUCAUUCCCAAACUGGACUUCAUUCUCUCCUUGAUCUCCAGAAAACAAAUGGUGUACCGCAGAGCAAAUGCUAAACAAAUUCAUGUCCUGUGUCUUCCUUGGCUGGCGGUAGGAGAGGACAAUCCUGACUCGAGGACUUCAGUGAAGGCCAUAGCAGAGCCCCAUGGUAGCCAGGUGGGAGAAGGGGAGCGAGGACGCGCCACCUGCCCUGCAGAGGAUUCCUGACCUACAGAGUGGUCCAAAGAUGGAUGCCAUUCACAUUGGCAUGUCCAGUGCUCCACUGGUGAAGCAUACCAAUGGGGUUGGACUCAAGGCCCACAGACCCCGAGUCAUGUCGAAGAGUGGACACAGCAACGUGAGAAUUGAUAAAGUAGACGGAAUCUAUUUGCUCUACCUCCAGGACUUGUGGACAACCGUCAUCGACAUGAAGUGGAGAUACAAGCUCACCCUAUUUGCUGCCACCUUUGUGAUGACCUGGUUUCUGUUUGGAGUGGUCUACUAUGCCAUAGCCUUUAUUCAUGGUGACCUACAACUUGGGGAAUCUAAUUCUAACCACACACCCUGCAUUAUGAAAGUGGACUCUCUCACAGGAGCGUUCCUCUUUUCCUUGGAAUCUCAGACAACCAUUGGCUAUGGGGUCCGUUCCAUCACAGAGGAGUGUCCCCAUGCUAUCUUCCUCUUAGUUGCCCAACUGGUCAUCACCACCUUGAUUGAGAUCUUCAUUACGGGGACCUUUCUGGCCAAAAUUGCAAGACCCAAAAAGCGAGCCGAGACCAUUAAGUUCAGCCACUGUGCUGUCAUCAGCAAGCAGAAUGGAAAGCUGUGCCUGGUCAUCCAGGUGGCCAACAUGAGGAAGAGUCUCCUGAUUCAGUGCCAGCUCUCCGGAAAACUCCUACAGACACAUGUCACCAAAGAGGGAGAGCGCAUUCUCCUCAACCAGGCCACUGUCAAAUUCCACGUGGACUCCUCUUCCGAGAGUCCCUUCCUCAUCCUGCCCAUGACCUUCUACCACGUGUUGGAUGAGACAAGCCCCCUGCGGGAUCUCACACCCCAGAACCUAAAGGAGAAGGAGUUUGAACUGGUGGUGCUUCUCAAUGCCACGGUGGAGUCUACCAGCGCAGUCUGCCAGAGCCGAACAUCUUACAUCCCAGAGGAGAUCUACUGGGGCUUUGAGUUUGUGCCUGUAGUUUCUCUCUCCAAAAAUGGAAAGUAUGUGGCUGAUUUCAGUCAAUUUGAGCAGAUCAGGAAGAGCUCGGAUUGCACCUUUUACUGUGCCGAUUCGGAGAAACAGAAGCUUGAAGAACAGUACAGGCAAGAGGACCAGAGGGAACGUGAGCUGAGGAGCCUCCUGCUACAGCAGAGCAAUGUCUGACCUCGGCCAGCCUCUGGACAUCUCCUAACCAGGGCUCCUCUCCAAAGCAAUGACUGCCAUGAUCAUGGGAUGGGUGACCCUGCUACCAAAUCACACAGACGUUCAUGGCCAUCUUCCCCUUUGUUCUGAUGGCUAAACAAGCAUUUCUGAAUAUAAAAAGAUGUCUUCAGAAUGCCUGAUCAGAGGUAAACACUCAAAUUCAGAUCCCCCCCCAAAAAAAUGGAGCUAUACAUUAAAGAACUGCGUGUAGGAAGAUGGAGAGAAUUCCCGUUGGAGGGCAGACACAGCAGUGCUGACAGUGAAUGACAUGUAUGUCUAUUCAAGAACAUCUGCCUAUAAUGCAAAGUAUUUAUUUAACCCACCCAACAAGGGCAUUGGUGGCUGAGGUCUGAGGCAUAAUUCACUAUUUGCUCAUAGCACUGCUUAAGAACGCACUCCUUCUCAUGUUCAAGUACAUAAGUUUUUAUUUGCAAUGAAGGUUAACUGGAGAUGACCAAAAAAUGUUGGGAAAGCAGGGACUUAAAGCUUACAGAAUACAGUCGUUUUAUUUUUACAUUCUUCCAUAGACUUUGUGUGGAGCGAACAUCAUCAAAUCAGGAAUCAAGAGUUCAGAAAAUAUGUCCAUCUCUUGAUUCUAUGGUCCCCUUCACUUCUGGAGGAAGCAUGUACUAACCUCUUUUUCCUUUAAAAUGUCCUUCACAGACAAGCCAAAUAGCACCAUUUAGAGACAUAUUGGCAACAUGCACAGCCGGGUUUUAGCCAGGCUUCUAGAAAUAUCAAUGUUGCAGGCUCUGAGUAAUGUUUGCAAUGUCAUCGGUCUAGAUCCACAUGGAAAAAAAGAGCGUGUGCGUUCCGAGUCCACGUGCCCUCCAGGUCUGCCCUCUGUCAGCGUUUUCAGUCAAUACCUCCCUCUCUCUGCAAUCUCAGCUUUUCCCUGGGGACAUACCUUGGCCACAGAGAAGUUGCACAGAGUUACUAAUGUCUUAAGGAGACAGUUCUCUGAGAGCUGUGACUGUCACCGUUGUGUUGAUUCAUGGACUAAAGACUACAGUCACAAGAGAAAACUGAAACUGUGUCACAAAGAGGAAGUCUGCAUAGAUGCUGCAGUUUGCAGCUCAUGACACAGAGAAGAGGAGCCAAGGGAGAGAGGUGUCUGUGAGCAAGAGGACCCUUUGUGCAAGAGCCUUGACAAAUAUGUAAUACAACUCAGUGUUACAGGGGUAACAUUUUGCCUCUAAAAAAUAUGGGAGUAUAAUGCCUGCAUUUCAUCAGGAUUAAGCAGGCUAAGAUUGAAUAGAUAAACACUGUGUGCUCAUUUUAUCAGGACAAACUAGAAAUUCACUCAAGUGCCAUGUAACCAUGAAUGUGCAGGCAAUACACACACACACACACACACACACACACACACACACACACACACGCUCCUGGCUCUGCAAACACAAUACCAGGCAUGUGGGGUCAGAGGUCACAGAGGUCACACUAAGAAAGUCUACCACAGUUACCCUCAUGUUUAUCUGUUUAAGAAAAAUGAACACUUGGGCCCAGAGAAACUGGAGAGACGUUAGCUGGGAUCUAGCCGUUACUGUGAACAAAUGCACACCCAGUCACAACCUUGAGUGACCACAUUCGCAAGUGUCUUUCCUUCAAACAACAACAAAAUGUGGAAAUAAAAUCUUUGGGUUGGAACUGAGCUAAUGUAGUGAGAGUCUGAGACCCACGGAGGAAGUUUGCAGAACGAUUUCUAUUAAGGAAGAUUUAGGGCUGGAGAAAUGGCUGGGGGGCGGGGGGUAAGAGCUCCAGUGCAAAUGCCCAACACCCUUGUAAAAUGCCAGGGGGGAGUUCACAAGCCUGUACCUGCAGGAUCAUGGGGAGCUGAAACAGGGGGAUCACUGGGACUUACUGGGUACCAGAGAGCUCCAGGCUCAGUAAGACACCCUUUCUCAGGGGAAUAAGGCAGACAAAGGACAAUGACCUACUCCUCUGGCCUCUAGGCACAUGCAUGCUCUCCCCACCCCACAUACCAAUCUCUGUCUCUGUCUCUGUCUCUCUCUCUCUCUCUCUCUCUCUC